GGUUGCUCCCUGAAUGCCAUUCUGUUGAGCCCUCCUCCCUCCCUCCUCGUCUCUCCGGGCCGAGUGCUGAUUCACUCUCACAUGUUGGCAGCUCACUGAAGAGAUUUUGUUGCCUGUGCACCUGUUCUCAUCUGAUAUAGCCUAAGAAUAAGGGUGAAACCAAAGGGGGAAAUGGGAUUGUAUUUAAAAAUCGCAGCAGGCCUCCUUCUGCUUAUCCAAACCUUUCACCCGGCAUCGUUUCAAAAUGCAACCGAUGCAACCGACGCCCCGCGGCGGACAAUUGAUAAGGCUUGGCUCCGUGAGCUAGCCAGAAAUACAGCUGGAAGUCAAAACGCUGUAAAUACUGAGGAGGCUGACUCUGAUCCGGGAUCUGAUGCGGAUGGGGAGUCGACUAAUGAUUACUCCAGUGGGAUCGCAUCCGGCUCCAUGGCAAUAUACAGCGAAGGCGAGGAGAAUGCAUCCGGCCAAGAUAACCGCGUAAGAGAAACUACGAAUAAUCUGACUACUGUCGCUACCACCGUGCCGCCUACAUUUCCCACAAAUGUUACAACCAGGAAAGCUAAAUUGCCAGACGCCACCGUUUCUCCGACUAACGUGACCUCAGACCCCACAACCUCACGCCAGAUCAACAAGACAAAAACUGAGAAUGAAUUUCACAACUCCACGAUGACUCCUCAAAAACCCACGACUCAUCCGAGCGCACAAAACUCCACCCACUCUUCAGGUAGCAAUCACACUGAUUUACCGACAACAACCUCGGCACCGGAGAGCAACGCUACGCAAAAAUCCACGGCAAAACCCAACAAAGACACAGGGUUGACUAACGCUACAAAAUCUACCACAAAAACAACCGCAACAACCACAACAAUUCCAACAACCACAAUGAAGCAAAAGAAAAACGAGACCUCCACCAAGUCUUCCUCUACAACGGCGAUCCCAUCUGAGACCACAGGAACGAGCCCUACGACUACAACCAUCGCUGCUCCGAUCACACCCGAGAAGGCCAACAAGACAGACAAAGAUGCAGCCCCGGGGAGCAACUCAGAAAGAGGUUUGGCGACGGAUAACCAUGGAGCGUGGGGAGCUGUUCUGGGAACGGGGGUGGCUGUGUCCCUUGUGGGACUGGUGGCCUUCAUCAUCCUGAAGAAGAAACACGUGAAGGGUUUCUCUCAUAGUAAACUGGUUGAGGACUAUCCUUCAGAAACAGUUCACAGAUUAGACAACAGUGCACCUUUGGACUUGAACUUUGGAGUUGGUAGUUCGGCCUAUUACAACCCAGGACUCCAAGGGGACAACAUCCAAAUGACCAACUUUCCAGGACGCCGCUGAGACCGAAACGUCUCCCAAGACCAAAGUCACGAACUCCCUUGAAAGAUAGUUGGCUAAUUAUGCUUAUUGGCAUUUGAUAGACAACCUAUAAUGUGGAGGGUUUUUUAAAUAAGACGAUGUGAAAGUGACAUUGUGAAGGUCUGUCAGCCUCCACAAAUGAUGCUUCAGAUUAUGCAUUGUGUUGGGUAGAUUUACUGUAUUGACAUAGAAGGAUCACUGAAGGCUGACCUACACUGCAGCAGCCAAAAUUAACUGUCAAGACAUUGAUGUAUGUUGCCAAAGGGUAUCAAAUGAAGUCUUUGCUAAUAAAGAAUAUGCUUUACAGCUAAUGAAGGAUUAUAUUUGUAAUAACUUUAAUUUGUAAUUAUAUUUUGCGUAAAUAGGAACCACAAAAUUCUGUUGAAGACCAGGAAAAAUAAAAACAGUUCAGAAACCAGAGUGCGACCCCUGCUAAUGCAAAACAUUUGUAGCAACAAAAGUUCUGCUGCUCUGCAGCCUGUAACAGCAGAUGACACAGCUGGCCCGUCGAGGCGCUUGCAACAAAAUUCAGAAGCCAUGGCGAACAAUAACAUUGUCCAUAUCAACAGUCGCCUGCUGUUAUGGCAUGAGGAAUGCAAUAAGAAGUUAAAUUUGAACUGCACUUUCAGAUAUCCCACAACUGGCAGUCACAGCCGGAGUCGGAGAAUUGAACCGUCAAACCAAAGACUGUUUUUCUACACCAGCGAGGGAGGUGGAGGGAGCUGUUUUGUUAUUCAUAGACUGAGGUUUUUGGUAUUCAGGAAGGGGAGUCGUGUAUUUGGUCUUAGCAUUACUCAGUAGCAACAACUAUAUCAUCAUAAUAUACUGCUUAAAUCUUCUGACCUCCAGGUGUCCAAACAGAGAUUUGAGUUUCUUGUAGUGACAGUAUGCACCUGCUGCAUGCUUAGAGCAAAAUUAGAACUUUAAUGCAGAAUAUUUUUAAAAAAACUUUAUUUUUUCACUGUUAUUCGUCUCCUCAGUUUGCUUUAACUUUGAUUGACAACCUUUAAGAAGAGUGUCUCUUUUUUGACUGAUAUCUGUUUGGGAAAGGAGGGAAUAGCAGGGAUUAAUACACUCUCUCGUCCUUUAAUGCUUUUGUAUGAUAAAAUUAACAAUAUUACAUAAUUAUUCUUUUCUAAACUUUCUUACUUUUCAAUGUUAUGUAAAAAAACAAAACAUUUUUAUGUGAAGAAAACACCUAGAAAAUACAUCUUUUCAGCUCCCUGGAUCCUUUCACUCAUCAUUACCUGAGUGAAGCCGCACUCGAUCAAUAUGCGUCCCGAUUAUGAUUGAUAUGUGCCACGUCUUGGCCUAAACAGCCAAUAAUAACUCGGAGAUGUGGGAUUGUUUUUUUUUGGUUGAGAUGGUUCGGUGGCAGGUGCGGCAAGUCUGCUUCCUUCCUCGCUCUAAUUUCAGACAUCAAUCAGGGCGAGAAGGAUUUUUGUCUGACUGAGAGAGGAGUUUUGUGUCGCAGUGUUAAAGAAUCACAGUGAUUACUGCAGAAACAAUGCAGGGCAGAUGCAUCAUGGUAGACUCACCGCUGUUUGUAAAAUGUAUUGAAAUCUGAUGAUGAUGCCUUAAUAAAACAAGCAAACCCCAAA